UUAAAAAAGCAAAACCAAAUAAGGAGCUUCAGUGUUUUUUUAUUUUUUAUUUUUCAUCCAAAAGAACACAAAGUGAUACAUUUUUCACCAAAAAAAACCGAGCGUUUCGUGUAGAAAUAAUUUUUUUUGGUUCUAACUGUGAUUUUUAUUGUGAUAAGUGACGGAACGUAUUUAGUGAUAAUAAUAAUUUGUCGGAAGAUGAACGCGCGAUCUCAAUUGUUCGAAUUGACGGUGGAAUGUACGCAAGCGGACGAAGCGGUAGCGAGCAUCUUCCACACUCUGCUCUUCCACCGUUCCCUGGGUAAAUUCACCUACACCGACGAAGGUAGCUAUUCGGUCGGUACGGUCGGUUAUACCGACGUCGAUUGCGAAUUUAUCGAUUUAACUUACGUCUGUUGUUCGUCGACGUCCUUAGAACAAGCCAUCCGCAAAGAGAUAAGCGGUUUUUCGGAAAUGCUGCGCGGACUCGAAGGUAGCGGUAUGGGACAAAUAAGUUUGGAGUUUUUCCAAAAGAAACCGAGCAGAUGGUUGUUUCAACCGGAAUGUAUACCGUGGGAAGUGUGGACGGUCAGAUUGGAAUUGAUAUCGUUGAGUAACGAAUGCGAAAGGCAAAUCAGCAAAGAAAAAGUUGGCGAAUUGAUAACGGACAAGAUAAUAUAUAUAGCGGAAGUGAUGAAUAGACAUGAAUAUUUGCCUAAGAUGCCUAGCCAGAGCGAAUUAGAUUUGAUAUUUGAUACUAGUUUCCCGGAUGUCCAACCCUAUUUGUUUAAAUUUAAUUAUUCUAUAUCGGGACCUAGCGGGAAUCCUUCCGUCGGUAGUACCGUUAAGAAAUUGAUUAGGGAAACGUUGGCUUUGUAAAAAUAUUUGAGGGAAUAGAGACGGUGACGUUUGGAGGGAAAUGUUUCGUUACAAUUUUCUAAUUGUACUUCCUUCUAUGUCAGCAUGUUGAAUUUAUCGACUAAAAAAGUGAAGAAAU